AAAAAUAUUUUUUUUUUUUUUUUUUGCUGUUUUCAUAUCUGUCAACAGUCUUUUUCACAAUGUCACUUCCAAAAGCACUUGAAGCUCAAGUAAGCCAAUUCAUUUUAAAACUCAAGACAAGGUAAACAAACAAGAAAAACAAGAAUGUAACUUACAUGAAUAGACAAGUGGUGGGUUCUUAUGAAGUAGCCAAGGAAACAGCCUUGAUUCUUAGACAGGCUAUUUCUACCACGCGUUGGUAUAAUGUGGAUUUGCUUAUUGAAUUUAUUACGGAACUAGGCAGUCGCCUUGUGGCUGCCCAACCUAAAGAAUUGGCUGUGGGUAAUAUUGUACGUCGUGCCUUGAAGAUUAUUCGUGAAGUAGCUCGCGGUGAAUUACACGAUACUCAACAAGAAUUUGAACCUGAAGAAGACGAGGAAGAAGGGGAAGAAGAAAGUGAAGAAGGAGAAGAAGAAGAAACAACAGUGCCUCAACAGCGACCUCAAAUCAUGGUGAAUGACAGACACUUGUUAAAACAAUCUUCCAUGUUCAAUCUAUUAUCAGAUGGACCUGUCAAAAAGCAUGAUUCUACACCACAAAACACCUACAAUUUAAAGCCAUUGAUUAUCCAAGAAAUCAACGAAGAAAUCAUUGCUGAUUUAGAAAGUGUCUAUAAGGGUAUUGCAGACCAAGCAACUGAUUUCAUCCAUGCCAAUGAAGUGAUCAUGACUAUUGGUAAAUCGCGCACAGUACAAGAAUUCUUGAUCAGAGCAGCUCAGAAACGUAAAUUCCAAGUGAUUGUGGCUGAAACAUCACCCACUUACCAAGGUCAUGAUAUGGCCCGUACAUUGUCUACUGCAGGCAUUGAUACCACAGUCAUUGCUGAUUCAGCUAUUUUUGCAGCCAUGCCUCGGGUGAACAAGGUCGUGCUUGGUUCUCAUGCUGUGUUGGCCAAUGGUGGGUUAGUGGCAGUCACUGGAUCUCAUUUAUUAGCAGCAGCAGCCAAACACCAUUCUACACCUGUGCUUGUCUGUACUGCUCUGUACAAAUUAUCGCCUUUGUUUGCUUAUGAUUCAGACACAUUCAAUGUAGCUGUGGCUCCUCAUGAUGUAUUGAACUAUCAAGAAGGUUCUCUUAUUGACAAAGUCAGCAUUUCCAAUCCUUAUUAUGAUUAUGUUCAACCUGAAUUAGUCAGUUUGUUUAUUCACAACUUAGGAUCUGCUCCACCUACGUAUGUCUAUAGAUUAAUCAAUGAUAACUAUGAUCAACAAGAUGCUAGUCUGUAAAUAAAAUAAAAUAAAAUAAAAUAGAAUUUAUGCAACGCA